AUGAAGUCGCGGGAAGAACACGAAGCAAUCUUACAAAAGGUGUCCGACGCUCAGACACAAUUGGAGCUAAACACGACCCUCCUGCGGGAAGAAGAGAAAACCCUCCUCAGAGAACGGGAAGCUUUCGCUCAGGAAGUCAACAAGUCUUACUCGAACCUCCGUCGGCAACAGUCUUCCUUACAAGUGGAUCAGCAAAUGUUGGCCUUGCAACUUCAGGAAGGCCGACUCAGAUCCGGUUCGGUCGGGACUCCCUACGCGACACCCGCCUCGUCCCGGAAAGGCCCCCUACUCAAUGGCGGGUGGAGAAUGGACCCUAUCCCGGUGUUUAUGCAACAAACCGAGGUUGCUACGGAAACCAUGUCGAUGCCGGUGCCGGCAGGCGUCUACGGCUGUGCUGUGACUUCCCAAAAGCCGUUCAUUCCCGAACGACCAAGGCAACGAGAACCCCCCGAGUACAUACCCCAGGACUCGUACGGGAUGCGUGGACACAGUAACCCCAGCCCACCUUACUUCACACCGGCCCACGGAGACCGCGGCGGUGUAUUCGGUGGAGGAUCCGGCAACCCUCCCGGCCCUCCGUCGACAUACCCAGCUCCAGGGGGGCCCGGGGGACACAACCCUUUCGAACACUCUGGAGGCCGAGGAAACCCCCCCGGACCUCCUGGGGGAGGUGGACCUGGAGGUGGCGGCGAUGACCAUGGGGGUGGAGGCGCACCAAGGUUUCCAUACGUGCCCCGGCACGAUGACCAUGGGGGUCGUCCUUCCCGUUCUGCUUAUGCUGAUGCACGAAAAUACGCCCCCAAACUGAAACGAGUGGAUAGCGCCAUCCCUUUGGAACACUUCCUGAAGAAGUUCGACACGUUACAAUUGGACUACGGAAUCACGGACGCCCAACUGGUAGGAAUCUUCGACGACCGCCUCAACGAAUCCGGUAUUCCUCGUUUUGCCGACUGGUGGGGCCGACGAGUCCGGGAUCAUGCUGAACAGUCCUGGGCUGAGUCCCGGGAGGCUUUCAGGCAUGAAUUCAUCAUGAAAACGAUGACGGAGCGAAUGGCGACCAUUACCGCGGACUCGUACCGCCGAACUGGGGAGACGGUUAACAAGUACGCCUGCCGCAUCGGCGACAACAUUCGAAACGCGAAUUUCCCGCCGGAAAGUGCCGUGUUCAUUUUGCUCAACGAAUGUGAAGACCCCAUCGUGGCCAGCUGCCUCCGGGGGGCCCCGACACUCCCUACAACCAUCGAAGCGAGCCUGAAAUACUUGAAAGAGAAGGAUGUCAAUCUCGAGAAACCAUUUGAAGGCAACCCCAAGACAGCCAUGAUCUCUCUGGGAACCCCUGGGCGCGCUCCCCGGGGCUCGGCCAAAGCCCCUGCGAUCCCGACCAACGAAGUCCAGGAGCUUCAAGCCACGGUAUCCAAGAUGAAGCGUGAAAUGACGGCGAUGGCGGCCAAACAGAACGCUCGUCAGCAGGACCAAAUCUCGGCUUUCCAUAACGUUGUUGCCCAGAUGGCCCAUGAGCAAACCCCAGGGGCGAAUAACCCAGUACAACCCAAAAUUAGUAACUCCCCAGACGAUGAAACGAAGAAUGGGGAAGUGAUUUGUGGGCGCUGCAGCACGAAGGGUCAUAGCCGGGACAGAUGUCCCCGGCUCAAGUACUACUACUCUCGCUGUCGAACCGAGGGUCACGCCAAUGCGGAAUGCGGAAUCCCACGACAGGACGGGGCCAGAAUUCCUAGCGGCGGCCGACCUCGGGCUGGCAGUUAUGGGAAUGGCCGCCGAGGAAAUAACGACUGCCAUACCUGUGGAAAACCCGGACAUUUCAGCUUCGCCUGCCCCCUCAACAAAGGGAAGUUCAACCCUAAAGUCAUCGCAGCCUUGACCGACAUUUUCGACCCCGGGAAUGUGACCGACGGAGGCGACGACGACUUCGAGGACGAACUACAAUGA